AUGGAUUUUAUGGAUAAAUUUUAUGGAUCUUUUUCUGGAUUUCUAAUUUUCCAUACGGUUUCAGCACGUAAAAUUUUCAUCCAAGUGUUGGAAACGCCAAAUCCAUUAACUUUAAAGUUUGUACCGGGGAUGCCAAUUCUUGGUCAAGGUCGAGGUACAUUGCAGUUCGAUUCUAUCAAAGAAGCGAAGAUUAGCCCAUUAGCAAUGCAAUUAUUACGAGUUAGUGGAAUCAGACGUGUAUUUUUUGGUGAAGAUUUCAUAACAAUAACUAAACAGAAUGAGGAAGAGGAUUGGUCUUUGAUGAAGCCAGAAAUAUUUUCUACAAUAAUGGACUUUUUGCAGUCAGGACGUUCUAUUAUAGUGGACGACUAUCUACCUAGUGGCCCUGAAGAUACAGAGAUUCAUUCCGAUGAUGAUGAUACUGUUGCCAUGAUAAAAGAACUGCUUGAAUCUCGAAUUAAGCCAAUGGUGCAAGAAGACGGCGGCGACGUUAUUUAUAAAGGCUUUAUUGACGGUGUUGUCCACCUUAAAUUACAGGGAUCCUGCACUGGCUGUCCGAGUUCAUCAGUAACUUUGAAAUCUGGUAUUAAAAAUAUGCUGCAGUUUUAUGUACCUGAAGUAAUUGAUAUCAUGGAAGUGAAAGACGAGAGCAACGACAUUUCAGAAAAAGCUUUUAAGGAAUUCGAUGAGAAAAUUGAAAAUGAAAAGACAUAA